UUCCCCAUCAACCAUAUUUCCUCUCCCAUUGACAUAAACCUCUCUCUCUCUCUCUCUCUCUCUCAUGGCUGAUGUUCAUGAGGCACAAGGCAUCAAGCUAUUUGGCACAACAAUUGCAGUGAAAGAUAGACAUGAAAAAGAUCACGAACCAACCAAAUCUGAUCAACCAACAGAACAUAAAAGGCCGGAAAAGAUCAUACCAUGCCCUAGAUGCAAAAGCAUGGAGACCAAGUUUUGUUACUUCAACAACUACAACGUUAAUCAACCAAGACACUUCUGCAAGGGCUGCCAGAGGUACUGGACUGCCGGCGGUGCCCUCAGGAACGUUCCCGUUGGAGCCGGUCGCCGGAAAAAUAAGCCCCCGUGCCGGGGGCUCCCAGGAUUCUCGGAAAGUUGCUUCUUUGAUAUUGGUUCGGGGGUGCAAGAGAUUGACUUUGAUGGGGUGGUGGAGGGGUGGCAACUAGCAGCACAAGGCGGUUUCCACCAUGUUUUUCCGGCCAAGAGGCGGAGGAGCACCACUGCUGGCGGUCAAAGUUGUUGAUCUUCUUCUUAAUUUAUUUACUUUUUGCAAUAAUACAAAAACGAUUUAAAAAAAGUUGUAAAUUGCGGUGGUGUACAUACAACUUGUCUUAGUCGUCUCUAUCUUCAACUUGAUGUUAGUUUAUUACUAUGUGCUUAUCUAAAUACAGUAAAGUCUUGUUUGUUUGGCUUUUAA